ACACCCAAGCUCUGUCAGUUAGACACUGCGUCAUUUAGAGAGGAAGUAAGACCUUCUGCACUCCCACUGCCAGUGACAGACUUUAAAAUCUACAGUCACAAAGAGCACAGAGUACAACUGUCUUAAUUGAGGAUUAUUCUUCGGAGCAUCUUUACAGAGUAAAUUAAAGAACUGAAGAUGUCGUGCCUGAAGUGUCUGAAGUACACCAUGUGUCUGGUGAACUUCAUUUUUUUUAUGAACGAAAGCCUUUCGGCAUGAGGAUCUGUGGAGCUGCUGUCUUUGGAAUAGGCAUUUACUUAAUGACAUCCACCAGGUUCUCUUCCCUACUUCCCAGCCUUGAGGCUAUAAACAUAGCAAACGCUCUUUUCAUCAUUGGGAUCAUUAUCACCUGUGUCUCCUUCCUGGGCUUUCUUGGAGCGCUAAAAGAAAAUCGCUGUCUGCUAAUAUCUUUCUUCAUACUGUUGUUCAUUCUAAUGUUGGCCGAACUGGCCGUUGCCUGCGCUCUGCUCAUGUACGAGACACAGAUUGGAGAAUUCAUUAAUAAAGAUCUUAAGAGUGGUUUAGAAUCAUCCAUAAACCACAGAAAAAACAAUACAAAUGAAGAUGACUGGGACACAGUGCAAAAGACAUUUCAGUGCUGCGGAAUCAGUAACGUGACGGAUUGGAAUAACCAUGUACCAAAGUCAUGCAAGUCUGAAAAUGGAACACACUGGCCUGAAGGUUGUUUUGACAAGCUCAAGAACGCAUUUGAUAAAAACCUCUUGAACACGGGGAUUGGCGUCAUUGUUGUCUGCAUUAUUGAGGUCUUGGGUAUGUGUUUCUCCAUGACACUGUUCUGCCACAUAAGUCGAUCCGGGUUAGGAUACAAAUGAUCAAAAACGGAGAUCUUCCAGUUUGUGUUCUUAAUAAUCACUGUCCUACAAAUGCUCCAAGACAGCCCGUAAAAGACAAAAUGACUCGCAGUUCUUGUACAGACGCUUGGUUUUAUGGAAUGUGCACAACAAAAAAACAGUUAGUGACACAACUGCAGUAUUAUUAUGAUUAUUUUUACUUUAAUAUUUGAUAGAGCAGUUAAAUCAUAUAGACCAUGACUUGUUCUUAUAAAAAAAAAAAAAAAAAAAAAAAAACCCUCAGCAGUAUUAUUUUUACUUUAGCCAUCAGCUAAAAUGGAAACUUCCUAGGGGGGUUUAAAUGCUGAAUUCACCCACUUGCAUUUGAAUGUCAACUCAUAAUGAUGGUGUAAGGGAGCUUUCCAUAAUGAAUCAUCUUUACACAAAGACUUAUACAUUACACUGUAUAUAAGUACUGUUUCUCUUAUCUCAUAUAAAACAUGUUGAGUUUGACCUAGUAUGUUUCUGUAAUUAACUUGUUACAUAGUCAGUUGUUUUUGUGUACUGAACAAUGCAAAGCAUUUAUUUCUGAUCACUUCCUUUUCAGACGUAGCAAUGACUAAACCAUGUGAUUUCCUAGAAUAUACACAGGGUGAAAACCACACAUGCUCUUGCUUACUUAUUUAACAAUUAUAGCUGUUUUGAUGCUGAUUUACAUUAUAAUUUAUUUUCUUUUCUUUUCUCUAUAGACCAAUGUAAAUUAAAAUAAAAGAAUGAAAAUGC